AGCUUUCUGUUUUGGUUGCCUGCCAGCGGGCCGUCUGGACGGGGAGGGGAGUCGUCUGCCUUCCGCUUCUCGGCUGGAUUGACACACAAUGAGGAGCCGAGGCAGGGUGGACGCUCCACAAACGCCGCCGUAAAUAAAUACAACAACCACUUGAGGCCGGAGAAACAUGGAGAAUCAGUGCACAGUGCAGGUGAAGCUGGAGUUGGGCCACAGAGCUCAGCUGAGGAAGAAAGUAACAUCAGAAGGUUUCACCCAUGACUGGAUGGUUUUUGUCCGAGGACCAGAGAAUGGCGACAUCCAGCACUUUGUAGACAAGGUUGUCUUCCGCCUGCAUGAGAGCUUCCCAAAACCUAAGAGAGUAUGCAAGGAGCCUCCGUACAAAGUGGAGGAGUCAGGCUACGCAGGUUUCCUCAUGCUUAUUGAGGUUUACUUCAAAAACAGGGAGGAGCCAAAAAAGGUGUGUUUCAACUAUGACCUAUUCCUAAAUCUGGAAGGAAACCCACCUGUCAACCACCUUCGCUGUGAGAAGCUCACCUUCAACAACCCCACCAAAGAUUUCAGGAAAAAGCUGAUCAAAGCUGGAGGGGUACUGGUGGUUCCAGAGGUGGCUGAAGCGGUGUCGAGGCCCAGUCCAGACUACCCAAUCCUGCCCACCAUCCCCCUCUCAGCAUUCUCAGAUCCCAAGAAGACCAAGUCCUCUCAUGUGUCAAAGGAACCCAGCAAAGAAGGGGGCGGCGGUAGCAGCAAAGGGGUCAAACCGCACAAAAUGACCAAGGAGCACCGUGAAAGACCCCGGAAAGACUCUGAGAGCAAAGCCACAUCAAAAGGGGACACUGACAGAGAAGGAAGCAGCAAGAGCGGACGCGGCGACUCCUCAUCCUCGUCUUCGAAAAAGCCAUCAGAAAACAAAGUUAAAGACGAAGUAAAAGUCCCACCCAAGGCAGCCUUUAAGGAGCCCAAGCUCACCCUGAAGGAGUCAAAGAUGGAGGGCAUGUCUCCGAAAGGAGGCGGGGCUGGGAGUGGAGGAGGAGGUGGUGGGGGAGGAGGAGGAGGAGGGGGUCCUGCAGAAUCCAAAGCCCCUGGAAAAAGACCCUCCACUGUGGAGUCUCCCAAACCUAGUGCCAAGAAGCAGAAAAAGGGCAGCUCUGAGGGGCCAAAAGGCCAGGCUGGUGGUUCUUUCACCGGUUCCCCUCGUGUGUCCUCGUCGUCUACCACUAACCAGCCCUACGCAGAUAAGAAACACUCCAAGGAAAAAGGCCGCUGGGCAAAAGGCAAAAAUGACACACAGGAUUUGAAGGAGCCCAAAAAACUUCCCGAGUCUGAAGAGUCCAAUUCAGAUGAUGAAGCCUCUUCAAAUUCCGAGCAAUCAGCGCCUUCUAAUCCUUCGAACUCAAGUUCCAGCUCAGACUCCAGCUCUGACUCAGACUUUGAGCCGGUACAGAAAGAAGGAAAAGGUCCCCUGCAAACCAUGGUGGAAAAUACCGAGUUAGAAGAGUCGGACGAUGACGACAGCAGCUCGGAGGAGGAGACCCCUGUUAAGACUAACCCCCCCAACCGUGACUCUCGACUCAGCCUGAACAGCGAGAGUGACAGCAGUGACGGCUCGCACCGCCCCAGUCGAGACCCUGCGCCACCCCCACAGAAACACAGCUCCUCCAAUAACAAAGUGUCAGGCAGGAAGAGUCCAGACUCUUCUUUCCGUUCUGAUAAGGUGUUGAAGAAGGGAUACGACAAGGUAGGAAGGGCCUACACAGAAGAAUUAGUUGACCUCCAUCGCAGACUGAUGGCUUUAAGAGAACGUAACAUCCUACAGCAGAUUGUCAACCUGAUCGAGGAGACGGGCCACUUCAACGUGACCAACACCACCUUUGACUUUGACCUCUUUUCACUGGACGAGUCCACCGUCCGCAAACUACAGAGCUACCUGGAGGCGACGGCCACGUGACAGCGAGUGGCGCGGACAGCUGAGGAGGAGGUCACGACGUCUCCCCGAGGAGACCGGAGGCCAGACUGAAUCACUGAACAACAACAACACACACACAAACACUGCGCAGGAACAAAGAAGCACACACACGAAGAUGCUGCACCUUCACAUGACGCCGGCAAAGGAGCAGCAGUGAAGAGGAGGAAGGCGUGAUGGAGAGAGUUGAAACCGGAAGUGAACUCCCAUCUACCAGAUUUUUCUUUGGUGCAGACCUGUGGAAUGCACCUCCACUCUCUCCUCUUUGCACUCAUGGUGCUUUCCUCUAAACCACACCUCGUCCUCCUGGCCCCAAUUUACACUCCUUACUGGGCAGAUCACUCCACCCUGAGCUGGAUGUUGUCUUCAUCAUGACUGACUCGUCUUCUAGGCACAAAAAGUCGGUGCAUGGCUCCCAUCUUCACACUGAACAUGUCACACGUGUGCGUUCGGAUGACAUUUCUCUGCUGUCCUGACAUCUGAACACAUGUUUUCCCCUUGCACUGAAAACUGAGUCGUGACCUCCCGCCGGCAGCCACCCUCUUUCUCGACUAUCUCCAUCCCUCCUCUGCAGCCUCCCACGUUGGCGUGCACCAAAGGGCUCCGCCGCUGGCUGCCGCCGGCCACUCCUGAAUUGCCUUCCGGUGGCGUUCAAGGUGGGCUAGCAAACAACACAAAGUAGCCAUAUUCGUCUCCCGGGAAUCCAAAAAUAAGGAAAAGUAGGGGCCAACUUUUCCCUCUCCCCCUUUUUUUACAUUUUAUUUUUCUACAAUUGUCUUUGUUUCUACUCCCGGAUUUGCGGUAAAUGACCUGUGAGCUAUGAAUGUAUAUGGCUUUUAUUUUUCUACGCCCAGCAACAAGCCCACUCUAGUGCCUUUCUGCAGCGUGAGGUGGGUGUUCCACAACCCCCUGCUCGCCUGGGCGGGGGGCGGCAAGUGUUAAUUGGGCUGCCUGAAUAUCCAGUAUUGUCUUAAUGGCUUCCUUUCUCUUCCUCAGUGUCCUUGUAGGCUGUUGACCCCUCCACGUAGCGUCCCUUAUUAUCAUCAUUCCUGUAGGAACCGUAGAAUGUUGAACAGGUGAUCACGUUUUUGCUUUCUGCCGCUAGAUCAGUGUUUUUCUUGGGGGGGAGGGGGGGGUACGUAAUAUGACUUAGCUGUAGUAACUGUUGGUUCGGGCUGCUGUGUGACGGACAUUUUAAGGAUCCAGGAUAGUGAACAGCAAUGAUCGCCUUGCUGGAGAUGUGCAGUGAGAGUGACGACUUAAAGCGGUCUCGUUAAAGCCAGAGCGUGUGAGUCAUCUUCAGCAUUGCUAAAAUGGUGCAUCUUAAACAUGCCAGCGAUAACGUAGCUAAAGAAGAGUUGCCCGCUAGACUUCCUCUGCUUAUACUCGGGUCACAUACACAACAAAAUAUGUCGAAGUAGUUUAAUUACACACGUUGCAACUCAAUCUGUUUUUUUAUUUAUGUCAACUUUUUCUCACCACGCCACCAGAAGCAUCAAAACAUAUAGUACAUGCACAUGGUGAUUGAAAGGGAACUCCCCCUUUCCAAAUACAUAUUCUUUGCUUAAAAAUUAGGGGUGUCCCAAUCCGAUAUUGAUAUCGGCUUGCAUCGGAAAUCUCUGAUACAAGCACUCUUGUAGCGCGUUUACUUGUGCAAAGCUGAACAGCCAGUUAACAUCUAAAUGUCCUCCAAUAAGAGCACAAAGUUGAUAUUUUCUUGUAUUUUAGUCAAGUCAAUUGCAAAUGGUAAACACGGUAGGCUACUAGGAGUUAGCAGCUACACAACAGCUAAGAUAGACGUACAAAAUAAGUGUUCUUAAUUGAACAAUAUUGCAGUCUCAAUGUAAAUAAGUAUCAAAUAAUCAUAGUUGCAUAUUACUUAUAAAUAACCCUAACCUAAGCAGAAGCUUAUCCAGUAAUACACGUGUCUGCAACAUUCAACUUUGUAUUAUUGUGACCGCCAGAUGUCACCCAAAAACAAACUAGCACUCCACUUCAAAAGCAUAAGUCUGUCAUAAGGUUAGGGUUUUUCAUACGUACCAUUGUUCUUUGAGUAAUUUCACUUCAUCAAACCUUUAACUAACAUUCCACUCUAUGAAAUGAUAAUAGUACCGUAUUUUUCGGAGUAUAAGUCACUCCGGAGUAUAAGUCGCACCGGCCGAAAAUGCAUAUAAAGAAGGGAAAAAACAUAUAUAAGUCGCACUGGAGUAUAAGUCGCAUUUUUGGGGGAAAUUUAUUUGAUAAAACCCAACACCAAGAAUAGAUAUUUGAAAGGCAAUUUAAAAUAAAUAAAGAAUAGUGAACAAUAGGCUGAAUAAGUGUACGUUAUAUGACGCAUAAACCAACUGAGAACGUGCCUGGUAUGUUAACGUAACAUAUGGUAAGAGUCAUUCAAAUAACUAUAACAUAUAGAACAUGCUAUACGUUUACCAAACAAUCUGUCACUCCUAAUCGCUAAAUCCCAUGAAAUCUUAUACGUCUAGUCUCUUACGUAAAUGAGCUAAAUAAUAUUAUUUGAUAUUUUGCGGUAAUGUGUUAAUAAUUUCACACAUAAGUCGCUCCUGAGUAUAAGUCGCACCCCCGGCCAAACUAUGAAAAAAACUGCGACUUAUAGUCCGAAAAAUACGGUAUGUACGGAUAAUUCGCGCUGAUAUAUUAGGAUAAUAUCGGUAUCGUAUCGGAAAUGGAAAAAGUCGUAUCAGAACACCCGAAAUGUAUUCAUAAUUUGGAUGAUUAUAGCUUACAGCAGGGAUAUUUUCAGCCAGCUGCUCAUUUUUUGUUUUUUGUUAGCUUCUGACUAAUUUAACAUACCGUAAUUUCCGGACCAUAGAGAGCAGCCAAACAUAAGCCACACCAAACUACUUUUUGGCCAAAUUUUGUUUUGUACAUAUAUUGGCCGCACAAGUCUCCUUGAAUAACCCGCAGGUAUACAUAUUGAAACAUUAACUAUUUACACAUGUGCUUAUGUUUAUUCACAUAUGUAACUGAAGACAGUGCCUGUAACAUGGCAUAAUUCUCAAGAUGCGCGCUAUAACUGAUGACUUUGUUUGUGGCCCAUAAGUAGUGGUGGAUUUCUGUUCCGUGCAGUGGCUGUUUCCUUUUUCGAUGGCUGGAUCGAUCGUCUUUGGCGUUAGGGCUGCGACUUGUGCAUUUCAUUGUUUCUUCUCUAUGAUGAGGGUGAGUCCAUAACGUGCUAAAUAGCUGACUGACUGACUUGUGUGAGUGUGUUUAAUUUAAUAUGAACAAUUUCAGUAGUCUGAUGGGACCAGGCUAAAUUCAUUGGCGACACGUGAAGCUUGUGAAUACGAAAAAAUGCAUAAAUUAGCCACAGCGUUAUAUAAAGCAUAGGGUUCAAAGUGUGGGGAAAAAGUUACGUCUUAUUAGUACAGACAUUACUGUAAUUCAUUAAUAAUAAGCUAUAUUAGUGAAUAUUACACUAAUUUUUUUGUCUUAUUCAAUAUUACACUAAUUUUCUUUGUCAAGGAUAACCCUAAGUUAAGAUGUGGAUGUUUUUAGCAUAUACGUGACCUACAGUACGUUGGUACAAAAUGUAUCAAAGUGACUUCCGCAUCAAAGAUUAAUAUUGUAAAAUCAGGGUUGCUCCAAUCAGGGUUUUAUGCUGCCGAUUCCGUCAUUCAUGAGUAAAAUCGGCUGAUAUCGAUCAUAUGUAUUAACUGUACAGUUUUCCAUUUAUUUAUGGCGAGUGCUAUUGACAGUUUUAACAGACCCCUUGUGUCCAGGGAAUGAAUCCCUGAAUUUGUAAACAUAAACAAAAAUGACACCAAAAAAGUAUGAGUCUAUAACUACUCUUGUAUCAGUUAUAUACUGAUACUACCUCUGGUAUCGAUGCCACCAAUGUAUGGAUCGAUCCGCCCUCCUCUUACGUGUCGUAUACUGACUGACAAUGCGGACACACCAACAGUUGUUAUGUUAUUCUCUUUAUAGACUCUUAUUAAUGUACGGUACCUGUUAAUAUCUGCUUACUUUCUGCUGUAACGUGGUUCCAUCUACACUUCUUAAACUUUACUAGGCACUUAUUCCUUGGUGUUGUUUACAUCUAGCUUAGCGGUUAACUUAGAUAUUAGUAUGCCUGCUCCUGGUUUGCUGUUGAUGUGUAACAUGUUUAGCCUCAUCCUCCAUAAACAAACUAGAAAUUGCAGUUUUAUUUCCAUAAUGGAGGUGAUUAUUAUUCAUUUAGGCCCAGGGACCAAAAAUAAAUAGUCAGAUGAGAUCGGUGCUUGUGAUCAGCAUUAAAGGGAAACUGCACUUUUUGGGGGGAAUUUUGCCUAUUAUUCACGAUCCUUAUGUAAGACAAGAGUAAAUGUUUUUUUAUGUUUUCUAAGUAGUUAAUAAAUGCGUGCAAAAGUCUGCUUUCAACUGAGUCAAUUGGAGUUGCUCUAUUCCGCCUAUAAAGCGCUCUAAAAUAGUUCCAUCCUUUUAAAUACACACUAAGUAUAUAUGUAAUGUAGUAACAGGCACAUUCAUAGUAACAUGUAAUAUUUAUGUAUUUUGCUCAUUUUAAGCAAAACGGUGGUGCAUUAAUUUCAUAGACUCAUCACAUUUGCUUUAUCCUUCGACAACUUCACUGAUCGCUGCUCACUGUAGACUUCAUGAGAUCCAACAAACAUAAUCAAACAAGACUUACUGUACAAUGUCUGCUGUCACUGGGAUGCUGACUGUUACGAUGUUCAAAUAUUCCUGUUUAGAUGUGGAAAUAAUCAUAGUCCUCGCAAAAAGUUUAAAAAAAGGGGUGGGUGCAUCUUUUUCGCCAUCCCUGGGUCUAAGUUGGCUGUCAAAGUUGACCAACUUCUCAGUUUUAUGUCCACAUCAUUUUACUCUCAGGGUGAAAGGCAUGAUUUAUAAUCUAGAUUUAACUUUCAUGAUCUUUGAUGCGAGAAAGGAUGUGAGGAUGCAUAAGGAGGUUGCCUCUCCUUAAUCAAUCCGCCGCUAAAUCUAGGUCCUUAACGUUAGCACUUAUAAUAAAAAUAUUGCUAAUACAUGCUAAAUAUUUGGGUCACAAAAUGUAUAUGGAGGAUUGUUGGUGCUUUUUGGAUGGUCAUUUAUUGGGUUUUAUGGUCGGUAUAGACACAAUGACAUCAUGGCUCUCAAUUGUAAGCGGACUUGGUAACACUUUAGUAUGGGGAACACAUAUUCACCAUUAAUUAGUUGCUUAUUAACAUGCAAAUUAGUAACAUAUUGGCUCUUAACUAGUCAUUAUUAAGUACUUAUUCGUGCCUUAUUCUGCAUGGCCUUAUUAUACAACCAGUAAGCCAUUAACUAAGAGUCUUCCCUCAAUAACCUCAGAAUUAUUGCUUAUUAGUAACCCUAGCCCUUAUAUGUUCCCCUAGAGCAGUGGUUCUUAACCUUGUUGGAGGUACCGAACCCCACCAGUUUCAUAUUUGGGCCGUAGGCGCAAAUUGGCAGCCACGCUUCCGUCAGUCUACCCCAGGGCAGCUGUGGCUACAAAAGUAGCUUACCACCAGGUGUGAAUGAAUGAUGGGAUUUUAACAUGUAAAGCGACUUUGGGUACUUAGAAAAGCGCUAUAUAAAUCCCAGGUAUUAUUAUUAUUAUUAUUAUAUGCGCAUUCACCGAACCCUUCUUUAGUGAAAAAUAAAAUGUUGUUUUUUUCCAAAUUCAAGACAAAGUUAUAUGUUUUUGGUAACACUUUAUUAUGGGGAACAUAUUCUAAGUAACAAAGACUUAAUUUAGAGUUUUUUGGACACUAAGGGAACAUAUUCUAAGUAACAAAGACUUAAUUUAGAGUUAUUUGGUUAGGGUUAGAGGGUUAGGGCCAGGGUUAGAGGGUUAGGGUUAUAAUGAGGCCAUGCCGAAUAAGGCAUAAGUACUUAAUAAUGACUAGUUAAGAGCCAAUAUGUUACUAAUUUGUAUGUUAAUAAGCAACUAAUUAAUGGUGAUUAUGUUCCCCAUACUAAAGUGUUACCAUGUUUUUAUACUGGUGCACAAAAUGAACCGUGCAUGAACAUCACCUUGUUCAAAGAACAAAACUAACAGUGCAUAAACUCACAAUAAAUUACACACCUGCAAAUCAGUCUGACUUCUGCUGUAGCUGUAUCCGUAAUACGCCGAUAGGGAGAAGUUUUUAUUUACACGAUGAGUCAGGUGUGUCUUGACCUCCGCCGAACCCCUGAGCCCGACUCACUGAACCCCUAGGGUUUGAUUGAACCCAGGUUAAGAACCACUGCCCUAAAGUCCAAAUAACUAACUGUUACUUUAAUUUGCAACUAAUUAAUGGUGAAUAUGUUCCCCAUUCUAAAGUGUUACCGCAGACUUUUAUUUGUCUUUAUUUACGAGUUAGAAUGCACUAAGAAAAGAAAAGCAUGUGUGUUCUUGUCUCUCAUCAGGACUGUGAAUUAUAGGCAAAAUUCCCCCCAAAAAGUGCAGUUUCCUUUUAAGACAUAAAUCGGCAAUAACCGAUCAGAUACGUUUCCACAAAAAUCGUCACAGCCCUAUGUGAAAUACUAAUAUCAGCAAAUAUAGUCUUUAAUUGCCCUCCUGAAAUCAAAUGUCUUGCCAUGCACCUGUACUUGAAGUGAGCAAAAAAAUAAGUGAGCGGAACAAGAACUAAUAAUAAAUACAUCGUCGGUGUCCGCACAUACGAGUAAAAAUGUGACGCAAAUCCGCCAUAUUUGAAUCUGACGAUUUCCCAGACUGGUUUCUGUGCUGAGCGUAGAGAAGUGUGUACACGACUCACACAGCAGCCCGCUAAGGUACACACACACAUUCAUGGAGCCCAUCGCCGCUCUGCCUUUUGUGUAUUUAUUCUGACGUUUGUGUUAGCUUUAAUACUUGUGUGUGUGUGUGUGGGACGCUGUACACGCUCCUGUUUGUCAAACGCUGUAUGAGGACGAGGACUGAAAACACACACCUGGAGUCUCAACCUGGACCUGCCGCCUCGGUGUGCCUCUUGUCGACACAACCUCUCUCUCUCCCUCUUGCUUUGUGUGGUCGUCCUCGUUUAUGAACUUUGACCUUGUGACCAGCCGCUCGUUGUAGUAGGGGGGUGGAGACCCAAAAGAAGCCCACUGUCUACCCACAUGUUUUAUUUAUGGACCUCUGCACUUUUGGCUGUGACGACUUCAGUACUUAAUAGUUACCUAAACUGUAUUUUUAAGGAUUUUAUACAAUAUUUACAUGCAAUAUGAUAUUCGGUUUUUUGUUUUUUUUUGGCCAACUUUUAUUUAAUUGUCUUGUAUUUUGGCAUGUUGCGUCACUCAAACAAGCUAUUUUCAGGCCUAAAUUGUUCCCUGUAUUUUUUUUUAAUUUUAAACGUACGUGAUGACAACUGAGCACCGCCAGGAAGCAGGUGCCACAGAUGUUUGCUGGAUGACCUCAACUUAAUCACACUGUCUGCCUCCAGUCGCAAUAACUGGACCAGAGCGAGGACGCCACACUUUCGUUCAGGGAUCAUAGACAUCUGUGCCCGUGCGGCCUAAACGCAGCAGAUGCAUCAUAGGAAAGAAUGAGUUUGCAUCUUUACAAACAAAACAAAACGUUGAGAGUCCACAUGUUGACGUGGG